AUCAGUCUUCCUUCGACAAAGCUGAUCGUCAUGGAGAAGUCCUGUUACACUUGUCGCCGCAGGCGCAUCGAGUGCGAAAUGUCUGAGCCACCAUGCAAGAAAUGCAAAAAGGCCGGACUGGAAUGUUUCCGAAAACGGCCCUUUCGGUGGGUCGAAGGUGCAGCCUUUCGGGGUAAGAAGAAAGCUUCUUCGGCCAGGGAUGCAUCUGUUGCUGCCACGAAGCGCAGCCUAGGAUCACUAACAGGAGUGGGUCUAUGCGCCAGGAAUAUAACUAAUUCCGAGUCAAUAGCUGUUGUUAACCCUGUGGAGCAUGGAAGCCUUGAUCCAUCUAUUCUUAAUGUACCAGUAAACCCGGAUGAUCCCUACGCCUCAGGCCUAGACAAGGUUUCCAAAUACUACCUAUACUACUACAGCAAAUGCGUAUGCAAGCUGUUCGUUAUGUACGACAGCAAGAGGAACCCCUUAAGAAGUCUAAUACCCGCGGCAUUGAGCAACCCAGUCUUAUUAACGUCCAUUGUCGCCCUUUCAGCACGUCAUAUGGCCAAUGGAGACCAAUCGUUCUAUGAGCUUGGAACAUCAACCUUUCCCACAUUAAAUGACGCGCAGCAAAAUGCUCUUUGGUUUAAGUGCAAAGCUAUACAAGAGAUAUCGUAUGCUUUGAAUGAGGAAAAAUCAUCCAAGCAAGAUACGGUAGUCGCGAGUGCAUUUCUAUUGAUCUUUCUGGAUCUCUUGGAAUCUGGAAGCGACAAGUGGAAUGUUCAUCUGGAAGGCGUCAAGAAAUUGAUUACUCAGAUUCAACCAUCCAUGACAUCACAGACAGGUGCUGAGCAGAGCCUUGGGGAGACUGUCGAAGGGAUACGUAACUUUAUCGUCAGGCAGAUCCAUUUAAUCAACACACUUGGGGCAACAUAUACACGUCCUCAGCUAUUGUCCAACACGCCCUUGCUACAACAGUCCACCACACCCCUCCAGAUGAGUCUUGAUCAGUCGUAUCUAGGGUGCCCGGAGCUUAUAUUGGAUGCUCUGCGCUCUUUUUCAAUUUGUAGAGACAUGCUCGCUGGCUCAGAUCCCCUCGACAGAGGCAGCCUGGAAUCAUAUACUGAAAACGUCAGCAGAGUACUUGGUCUAACGCAAACUUUUGACUCCCGGGCCUGGGUAUCAGACCUACCACAACUACAUACCCAUUCGGCACAUGAUACAGAUAUGUUGUCAACAUUGGGAGAGGCAUAUAAAGCUGGCACCCUCAUAUACGGCAUACGCGUUCGAGAUGCUCUUACCGGAAGUACAACACCCCUCAAUGACUUGGUAUGUGGAUUGAUUGCUAUAAUUGAGGCCAUGAGGUGUGACGAAUCAUUAUUCAAAUGUAUACUCUGGCCUAUGUUUGUUGCGGGCUUAGAAUCCCGACAGCAAGACCAACGGGACUUUGUCAUCAGUUGUCUGGAGAAAUUCUGGUUCGAGACAAAAUGUAUCAAUGUGGUUAACGCUGCGAAUAUUUUGAGAAGGUUCUGGAAGAUGGAUGAUACCCAGCAGACGUUGUCUUCGCAGUGGAUAUUUAACAUCGGUCAACUGGGACGCGAUUGGCUUCUUAUAUAA